AUGAACAUCAAACCAUGCCCUACUGAUGAUCUUGCUCUUACCAAUUAUGUUUAUGUUGCACCUGGUCAACUUGAUCCUUCUUGUCACUUUAUCUUGGUAGAUGAUCAUUUUGCUUUUACUGUGAGACCAGAUAACAAUAUUCCAAGAGGUGUCUUGGUCACUAAUGGUAUGCAUAGAAAGUGGGCUCAAUUUUCCAAUGACCAACCUGUAGUAGUUAUGCCUUAUGAUCCUUAUGCCAAUGGUGCCGAAGUUUAUUUGGGAUUACUUCGACUUGAAAUUGAUUAUCGUAAGAAAAGUGUAGCUUCAAGUGCUGAUUGGGAUACAGAUCAAUUAGCUCAAGUCUUUGGCAUAUCUUUUAUUAAUCAAAUCUUUACAAGUGGUCAACAAUUUGUCUUUGAUUUCCAAGGUACUCAGUUUCUUUGUCGUGUAAUGGAAUUAGAAGUAGUGGAUAUGGAUGUACUUAAGGCUGGUCGAUCUCAUCAUGGUUUUGACCCUGAAAGAACAAAAUACAAUGGUGCUCCUCGUGGUAUUCUAAUGCAUCAAACUACAGUUGAAUUUACAAAAGCACAUAAUUCUUUGAUUCGUUUAAAAGGAUCCAAGAAAGCAUCUGGUGCUCGAUCUCAAGCCAAACAGUUAAUUCGUGCUGAUUUCAAAUUUGAAGAUCUUGGUAUUGGUGGUUUGGAUGAUGAAUUUAGUGCUAUUUUCCGUCGUGCCUUUGCAUCUCGUAUCUUCCCUCCUUCUAUUGUUGAAAAACUUGGUGUACAACAUGUUAAGGGUUUAUUAUUAUAUGGUCCUCCUGGUACUGGUAAAACAUUAAUGGCUCGUCAAAUUGGGAAAAUGUUGAAUGCCAAGGAACCCAAGAUUAUCAGUGGUCCAGAAGUCCUUAGCAAAUUUGUCGGUCAAAGCGAAGAAAAUGUGCGUAAACUCUUUGCAGAUGCUGAAGCCGAAUACAAAUCCAAGGGUGAAGAUUCUGGUCUACAUAUCAUCAUCUUCGAUGAAUUGGAUGCUAUAUGUAAACAACGUGGUAGCCGUGGUGAUAGUACUGGUGUCGGUGAUUCUGUUGUCAAUCAAUUGCUUGCAAAGAUGGAUGGCGUGGAACAACUGAACAAUAUUCUCAUUAUUGGUAUGACAAAUAGGAAAGAUAUGAUUGAUGAAGCUUUGCUACGACCAGGUCGUUUGGAAGUACAUAUGGAAGUUGGAUUACCUGAUGAAAAUGGUAGACAACAAAUCUUGAAAAUUCACACUGCCAAGAUGCGUGAAAGCAAGAUUUUAGAUCAAGAUGUGUCUAUCAGUGAAUUGGCAGAAUUAACCAAGAAUUAUAGUGGUGCUGAAAUCUCUGGUGUCGUCAAGGCUGCCUCGUCUUAUGCAUUUUCUCGACAUAUAAAGGUUGGUACUGUGGCUGGAGUUGCUCCUGAUGUUGAAAAUAUGAAGGUCAAUAUGAGUGAUUUCUUAUCAGCCUUGGAAGAAGUACCUCCUGCGUUUGGUGUAUCUGAAGCUGAAUUACAACAAUUAGUACAGAAUGGUAUUAUUCCCUUUGCUCGUCAUAUUGAUUCUAUACUGAAGGAUGGUGUAUUAUAUGUGGAUCAAGUUCGGCAAUCUGCUCAUACUCCCAUGGUUAGUAUCUUACUUCAUGGUGCAGCUGGUUCAGGCAAGAGUGCUUUGGCUGCUACAAUGGCUAUAGAGAGUGCAUUUCCUUUUAUCAAGCUUAUUUCUCCUGAAACUAUGGUGGGCAUGACUGAAAACGCCAAAAUCAAUGAAAUCAACAAAGUCUUCAAUGAUUCUUAUAAGUCUCCUCUUAGUGUCAUUGUUAUUGAUAAUAUCGAACGUUUGUUAGAUUGGGUGGAUAUUGGUCCAAGAUUCUCCAACGCAAUCCUUCAGGCUCUCUUGGUAUUGUUGAAGAAACCUCCACCAAAGGAUCGACGACUUUUGAUUAUUGCCACAACAUCACAACGUUCGAUAUUGAAACAAAUGGAUAUGAUAGACGCAUUUGCAUCUGAAAUCCAAGUACCUACUAUCACAAGCUUAUCAGAAAUUGAUAUUGUAUUACAGAAAAUGGAAUUAUUUAAUGAACAGGAACGAUCAGAUGCAUUAAUUGAACUAGGAACGGUAGAAAACAUGACAUUAUCUAUUGGUAUCAAGAAACUAUUAAUGGUGAUUGAAAUGGCUAGACAAGAUACGGAUAAAGUUAGCAAGUUUGUCAAUACCAUUAGUGAUUUAUGUAGAAGAUAG